CAGCCUCUCUCUCCCGCAGCCGGCCCGGUGGACCCGGAGAUCGACGAGCACUUCCGACGCAGUCUUGGGAAGGACUACCAGCAACUGUUCGCGGCCACGCCCCCUACACCUGCACCGUCCACAGAUUCAGUUGACGACCACUUCGCCAAGGCCUUGGGGGAGACGUGGGUGAAGCUGCAGGCGGAGCGGCGAGACUCGACGGCCAGCAGCAGCAGCAGCAGCAGCAGCACUGGGAGCAGUAGCACCUCGUCCAUCGGCGUAGGCGGCGGCGGGGCAGCGGCGAGUCGCGUGAGCCCCGCCCGAACGUCCCCGCCGCCCGCGCCGCGCCUCAUCUCAACGUGAACAUCCCGCCCGCAGCCGCAGCCUCCGAGGCGGCGACAUUUUACUUACUUUCUUGACGUUGGCUCGUUGGGUUCUUCUCCAUCUCUCCUCUGUCGCUGCAGGUGUGCCACGCCCGCCCCAAGGACCCCGGGGCCCUGGGCGCAGGAUGCUGUAGAUCCAUGCAGCCAGAACGUACUUAUGACGUCACGAACCCCGCGUCAGACGUCGUCUCACCAUUCUGUCGUAACGCGUUUCUCAUGGACCGACCGCGCGUCGUCGUAAUGUGCACCUGCCGUCACUCGGUCUUCGAUCUCCAUGCCACUGCAGUGUGUUCCCUUCGCCUUGUCGCCCUCUCUUCCCUCACACACGCACUCCUCACCUGCCGCCCACGGACGCAUAGUUUCCCGCCCAGGACGUGGGUCGCGUAGGGGAGUGUCAAGGACAGCGCAGCCGCCGCCUGCACCGACGCCGCUGGAGGGACGCAGGGGCCGGGACGAUGCAGUCAGCCCGGGGGAAGGGGAGCGUCAUUGGCGGAAGUCUGCACCAGGAGUCGGUGAACUGCAAUUCAAAGGGCCUCUGUAUCUCUGCCUCAUUGGGGAGCUCCGCUGCAGCCUCUCUGUUCUGGGGGUUACACAUUAAUACACUCUUGUUAUUAAUGUUUUAAGAAUCUCCAGUAAAGUUGCUGUUAGGCUAUAGUGAUGAAAUGUUGUGACUUAUUGCAUUUUGACAUUGAUUAUGUAUUUAUUGUAUAUAUAUGUAAACAUUUUGUACAUAUAUUCUGUAUAUAUUGCUGUGUAUAGAAUACCUGUGAUCAAAAUGCUAUUGUUGUUUGUUGAUGAUAUUUUGAUUAGGACAGAGCUGUUAUAGUUACUUUGGAUAGACAUUUUAGUAGGUUUAUCGCUGCAGUUUGGCCAGAGAAAGAGAUUUGUAUGCAAUCGUCUGCAGCUGGGAGGGCAUUAAGCGAACGGUUUCUUCGCAUUACGAAGCCAACGCAAAGGAGGUUUGUGACGUCAUUGAUGGUGACGUCACAAUUCAUUAUAUAGUGAGUUCUUGACGUUAUGGAGUUCUUGAAACGAAAGAGGUUGGUUCAAAAACGUUCGAAAACAUCUUAGACAUUUAUAUCAUUAUAGAAUACUUGUUCUGAGUGGAAAGAAAACAUUAUAAUGGUAGUUAUUUUGAAUGUUUAUUCUCCUGUUUAGCUCUUUUACCAUAUAUAGCAAGUAUUAUUGAUAAAGGGAUUAGCAGAUGAAUAUUAAUUGUCACUGAAGAUAUGUAUCCACAAUUGCAUAUUUUAGUUAAAUGUAAUUUUUCAUCAUCAGUGAAUUGAUUGUCUUCGGAGAAUGAACAGGAUCAUCCCAAGAAGGAUUCAGGGAUUUUAGGCCCAACUGCAGUGUCACAUUACCCGGCUCGUCGGCUAACUGCUCUCAGUUUAUAUAUAUAUAUAUAUUUAUGUAUAUAUAUGAUCUCAUUUCUCAUGUACUCGUAAGUGCUUUUGAUGAUUUAAUAUGUAUUUUAGAAGAGAAAGGCAGUUUUAUAAUACCAAUCCAGUAACGUUUCAUUAAGCAUUUGUAAUACAUAGAAGAAUUUGCGCAAUAUAACAUAAUUCCCAUAACAUACAGUAUUUUUCUUUCUUUCUGCAACACCUAUAGUAAUAAUAUAUAAAUUCUGUAUUUUUAUAGAAACCACUUGAAACUUGAAACUUUGUUUGAUGUUUUGAAUAUUUUUCUUAUUGUUUGAUGUUCUUGAAACGUUGAUACAAGAAAUCAGGAAUUUAAUCAUUAUUUUCGUCACCACCCUUUUCCCCAUUCAUGUGUCGUCAUAACAUCUUGAAUGAGUAUUAGUUACAGUGUUCUGAAUGAUUAUUUGUGACAUUUGUUUGUACCAGUGCUAAAAAUAUGUAUGUGUGUGCGUGUGCGUGUGUGUGAUUGCGUGCGUGCGUGUGAGUUUACCCAAACGAAGUUUUAUGUGUAUUUAUUUUUUCUUAGGUUUCCAGAGAUCCCUUUAUUUAAAACUCAUUAAACCUUUUUACACAAACGCAUAGAUCAAUAUUUUUUCUACACCAUGUCAUUUAAUGUUGUCAUACCGUAGGCUAUCAUUUGUUUCCAGUAUGUAUCGCUACUCCAUAAAUAAAUUAUUUACUUUUUAA